AUGGCAGACAAGUCAGACAUGGGUGAAAUCACCAGCUUCUAUAAGGCCAAUCUGAAGAAAACUGAGAUGAAGGAGCAAAGCAUCCUGCCAACCAAAAAGACCAUUGAACAGGAAAAGCAGGGUGAUACUUCCUAA